CCCUUUCAUGAUGAAGGGGAGUGGGAACUAGCUAUGUUCUUGGUCGAAAACCUGAAUCAGACGCAGAUUGACAAGUUCUUGAAGCUGAAAUGGUUUAACACUCGCCCAAAACCGUCCUUCACCUCAAAAGAUCAACUUCUGGACUGGAUGGACGCUCUACCCUGCUUUGCACAAUGGAAAGUUUCAAAUCUAGAGUUUACGGGCUACAAGACAAUUCGUCCCAUCCAACUCAUUUGGCGCGAUGCUUUAGAGGUCGUCAAACAACUUUUCAGCGACCCCGUUUUUGCCAAUCAUAUUACCUUUCAGCCA